UUCUUGGAAAAAUCGCCAGAAGAAUAUGGAGAAGCAAGAAGCAGAGCUCAUCUUCAUCCCAUUUCCAAUCCCCGGACACAUGCUUGCCACAAUCGAACUCGCGAAACGUCUCAUCAGUCAUAAACCUCGUCGGAUACAUACCAUCACCAUCCUCCAUUGGAGCUUACCUUUUCUUCCUCAAUCUGACACUAUCUCCUUCCUCAAAUCCCUAAUCCAAACAGAGUCUCGUAUCCGUCUCGUUACCUUACCCAACGUCCCAAACCCUCCACCAAUGGAACUCUUUGUGAAAGCUUCAGAAUCUUACAUUCUUGAAUUCGUCAAGAAAAUGAUUCCUUUGGUUAAAGAAGCUCUCUCCACUGUCUUGUCUUCUCGUGAUGAAUCGGAUUCAGUUCGUGUCGCUGGAUUAGUUCUUGAUUUCUUCUGUGUCCCUUUGAUUGAUGUUGGAAACGAGUUUAAUCUCCCUUCUUACAUUUUCUUGACUUGUAGCGCAAGUUUCUUGGGUCUGAUGAAGUAUCUCCCAGAGAGACACCGUAAAAUCAAACCGGAAUUUAACCGGAGCUCUGGCGAGGAAACAAUUCCGGUUCCUGGUUUUGUUAACUCCGUUCCGGUUAAGGUUUUGCCACCGGGUCUGUUCAUGAGAGAGUCUUACGAAGCUUGGGUCGAAAUGGCGGAGAGGUUCCCUGAAGCCAAGGGUAUUUUGGUAAAUUCAUUCGAAUCUCUCGAACGUAACGCUUUUGAUUAUUUCGAUCAUCGUCCGGAUAAUUACCCACCCGUUUACCCAAUCGGGCCAAUUCUAUGCUCCAACGAUCGUCCGAAUUUGGAUUUAUCGGAACGAGAUCGGAUCUUGAGAUGGCUCGAUGACCAACCCGAGUCAUCUGUUGUGUUCCUCUGCUUCGGAAGCUUGAAGAGUCUCGCUGCUUCUCAGAUUAAAGAGAUCGCUCAAGCCAUUGAGCUCGUCGGAUUCAGAUUCCUCUGGUCGAUUCGAACAGAUCCGAAGGAGUACCCGAACCCGUACGAGAUUUUACCAGACGGGUUUAUGAACCGGGUCAUGGGUUUGGGUCUUGUUUGUGGUUGGGCUCCUCAAGUGGAAAUUCUGGCCCAUAAAGCAAUCGGAGGGUUCGUGUCACACUGCGGUUGGAACUCGAUAUUGGAGAGUUUGCGUUUCGGCGUUCCAAUUGCCACGUGGCCAAUGUACGCGGAACAACAACUAAACGCGUUCACGAUUGUGAAGGAGCUUGGUUUGGCGUUGGAGAUGCGGUUGGAUUACGUGUGGGCUCAUGGAGAAAUCGUGAAAGCUGAUGAAAUCGCAGGAGCCGUACGAUCUUUAAUGGACGGUGAGGAUGUGCGCAGGAGAAAACUGAAGGAGAUUGCGGAGGCGGCAAAAGAGGCUGUGAUGGACGGUGGAUCUUCGUUUGUUGCGGUUAAACGAUUCAUAGAUGGGCUUUGACCGGUGAUGGUUUUUAAGUUUUAACACCAUAUAAUUUAAGCUAGCUCUGAGUCUCGAGAGUCGAGUGUUAUUAACUUUGACAUGUCUUCACCAAAAUCUUCAUAUCUUCUAAUUAGCCGCGGUCCAAUCAUUUGAUUGGCUAUGCGCUUUAUCAUAUCUUCCUAUAUGUAUGAUUAAAUCUCUAAUUUCCUA